AUGUCCAGUUUGCAGCUGCAGAUCGUGGUACUCCUAAGUUUUUACAUUCAGAUGAGUCUAGCCGAGUGCCCUAGGUUAUGCGAAUGCAAGUGGAAGAGUGGGAAGGAAUCCGUAAUAUGCCUGAACGCCAACCUAUCAGUCGUACCGCUUCACUUGGACGCCGGUACGCAGGUUCUAGACCUAACAGGUAACAACCUGGCGGUGAUCAGGCACGAGGAAUUCAGUAGAGCCGGCUUGAUGAACCUACAGAAAGUAUACCUGGCCAAGUGCCGACUGAAAACGCUUGAAAGAUUCUGCUUCAAGAACCUUAUAAAUCUAGUCGAGUUAGAUUUGAGCUACAACGUUUUAACCAACGUCCCUUCCCACUCGUUCGAUUCAAUCCAAGAACUGAGGGAGCUCAAAAUGAACGGCAACCCCAUCCAAAGGGUGUUCAACAACGCGUUUAUCAACCUCCCACAACUAAUCAGACUAGAGAUCACCGAGUGCAGAAUCCUAACCAUCGAACCAAGAGCCUUCGUGGGUCUCGAGAAAUCCUUGGAGUGGCUCAAGUUGGACAAGAACAAGCUGACGGACGUGGCGGCUUCCACCUUCACCAUCCUCCAGAACUUGCACGGCCUAGAACUAGCGGGGAACCCUUGGAACUGCUCCUGUUCCCUUCGGCCUCUUCGGGAGUGGAUGCUGAGGCAGAACGUACCUUUCGACAUACCCCCGGUGUGUCAGUACCCCAAAAGGCUGCACCUGAAGUCCUGGGACAAGCUGGACCUGGACGAAUUCGCUUGCGUGCCGGAGAUCUUCGCCUACGACAGCAGGGCGCACGGAAUCGAAGGCAAGAACGUAACGAUGACGUGCAGGAUAGCGGGGAUACCGGAGCCGAACGUGAGGUGGUUGCUGAAGAACAAAGUGAUAGCCAAUCUGUCGGGUUCGCCGUACUCCAGUGGUAAGAAAUUGUACAUGGUGCACUUAAGUAAUAAAUCCAGUGAUCUGACGAUAUUCAGUGCCGACCUCCAGGACGCGGGUACCUACGUGUGUGCCGCCGAGAAUAAGGCGGGUAGGGCGGAGGCCAGCGUCACUCUGGCCGUGUCCAAGAAGCCGCCCGAAAGCGGUUUCACCAACAAGGUGCUACUGGCGAGUGUGUGUACGGGCGUGGCCUUCGUUCUGAUAUCCUGCUUGAUAUCGCUGUGCGUGUGCUCCGUGCGGAAGAAGCAGGUGAUGAGGUGGCGCACCCGCGAAUGUCGCAGGGAGGACAAUUACGAAAAGAUCGAGAUGAACCACAAGGUGGUGAAUACCAACGGCGGGGUGGGGGCCAAUCCAGAGCAGAUCGCCGUGGUGUCGAGCCGCAGGAACGGGGAGUACAGGGUAGUGCCGGGCGGCGAUACCGACCAGGAGGCGGAGGAAGAGGAGGAGGGUAACGCAGAGUCGGGGUCCAAUAGUAAGAAGGGGAGUAACGCGGACGAGAAGAGUUUGGAGAAGAAUUGGAAUUCGCCAGAACACUUGUUGGAUCCUGAGGAUCUGCAUAUCCCUAGGAGGACGUUGCAGGAAACUAGAAAAAAAAAUUUUGNGCACCUGAAGUCCUGGGACAAGCUGGACCUGGACGAAUUCGCUUGCGUGCCGGAGAUCUUCGCCUACGACAGCAGGGCGCACGGAAUCGAAGGCAAGAACGUAACGAUGACGUGCAGGAUAGCGGGGAUACCGGAGCCGAACGUGAGGUGGUUGCUGAAGAACAAAGUGAUAGCCAAUCUGUCGGGUUCGCCGUACUCCAGUGGUAAGAAAUUGUACAUGGUGCACUUAAGUAAUAAAUCCAGUGAUCUGACGAUAUUCAGUGCCGACCUCCAGGACGCGGGUACCUACGUGUGUGCCGCCGAGAAUAAGGCGGGUAGGGCGGAGGCCAGCGUCACUCUGGCCGUGUCCAAGAAGCCGCCCGAAAGCGGUUUCACCAACAAGGUGCUACUGGCGAGUGUGUGUACGGGCGUGGCCUUCGUUCUGAUAUCCUGCUUGAUAUCGCUGUGCGUGUGCUCCGUGCGGAAGAAGCAGGUGAUGAGGUGGCGCACCCGCGAAUGUCGCAGGGAGGACAAUUACGAAAAGAUCGAGAUGAACCACAAGGUGGUGAAUACCAACGGCGGGGUGGGGGCCAAUCCAGAGCAGAUCGCCGUGGUGUCGAGCCGCAGGAACGGGGAGUACAGGGUAGUGCCGGGCGGCGACACCGACCAGGAGGCGGAGGAAGAGGAGGAGGGUAACGCCGAGUCGGGGUCCAGUAGUAAGAAGGGGAGUAACGCGGACGAGAAGAGUUUGGAGAAGAAUUGGAAUUCGCCAGAACACUUGUUGGAUCCUGAGGAUCUGCAUAUCCCUAGGAGGACGUUGCAGGAAACUAG